UAUGCCGAGUCGCGCGAACCCCGCAGCGCAUCCCGACCGCAUCAAUAACCCAGGCUGUAAAAGCCACCACAAGUUUAAAGAAGGAUGGUCUCCUAAACUGGCAAACCUAUAGACCGUCCUUAAUACUUAUUGAUUAUUUCUACAUCGAGCAUCUUCUUUCUUGCAUCACCAUGUUUAAAUUCCUAGAGAAGGCUGUUUCGACUUUACUGUCUGAUACGCCCAAUUCAUCCUCGGCGGCUGAGCAACAUGCGAUUCUCCCAUCUGCCGCCACGCAUAUCCGACUGCUGAAGAUCUAUCCAGCUGGUUACUCCUGGGUCCCUAUCUACUGUAAGAUGUUGAUGACGCCCAUAUCGGAACCUAUGAACUUCCAGGCGCUCUCGUACACAUGGGGAACUGCGGCUCGAACACACAGUCUGAAGCUGCCAGAAACAGAGUUCCGUAUCACUCAAUCUCUGGAUGAGGCGAUUCGACACCUGCGGAGGGAGGAUGAGGCCAUAACGCUCUGGAUCGACCAAAUCUGCAUUAACCAGGAGAAUCUACAGGAGAAGAGCUUGCAGAUAGGGCUGAUGAGUCAGAUCUACUCCAAAGCACAGAGAGUUCUCGUUUGGCUGGGGCCUGCUGAGAGCGGCUCCGACACCGCCAUGGAUAUCUGGUCCAGAAUAGGGCAAGAUGCUCGCGACCUUGGUCUGGAAAGCUUCUACACCGAGGAGAAGUUCCCGCAGCUCCAGCCGAUAGUCAUCAACGCAGACCCUGCUGACCCUCUGACUAUCGAAUUCCAGGCUCUAUUUGAAAAAAGCCGCUCUAUAUACAGGGAUUCCCUGGACGCCAUCAUUGCCUGGUUUCAACGGCCGUGGUUCAAGAGGGUAUGGGUAGUUCAGGAGUUCUGUCUCUGCCCAGAUACAGUCUUUGUCUGCGGUAAAAAGUCUGUAGCGGUUGAGCUAGUAAUGCUCGCAAUCCAGAUUGUACAUUUCAGCUGCGGGAAAUUGUUGAAGGACGCCGUCGGGAAGGACAAAGAGUUCGCGGAACUCAACGCAAAGUUUCCGCUCAUCUUGAACGAGCCUACCUCAGCCCUCUUCAGUACCAGGCAGCGGAGGCUGGGAUACGACGCAAGAUGGACAGGGAAAUCAACCGGCGACAGCCUCCUUAGCCUGAUGCGAAAGCUAUACGUACAGCACGAAAUGCAUGCGACCGAUCAGCGAGACAGGAUAUUUGCGCUGCUGGGCCUAGCUACAGAUGGCCUGGACAUUAUACCCGAUUAUAGCGACUUCGACUAUGCUGGUCUCCUAUGCCGGACGGCGAGGGCCAUGAUCGAGAAACAGGGACUAGAAGUCCUUUCAUACUCUCAAUUUCCCAAGAGUUACACCCCACUUCCCUCAUGGGUAUCGGACUGGCGCUCCAACCUCAGCCCAUCGUAUUACGAUCACACCCUCGUCGACCCUCCAUUUUUUCAGGCUUGCGGGGACACAGAACUUAGCGUAAUAUCAUCUCCAAGCACGUUGAUGCUCGUCCUGGAAGGAAUCACGGUGGACGUCGUGGAAGAGGUUGGGAGCCCAUGGCACAAACCACUAUCUUUUAGUCAUGAGCAGUACCUGAGCUACUUCGCUCAGGUUAGACUGAUGUGUCAACUUUCGGCCCUGAAAAACGAGCCAAUCUAUGCCAGCGAGUCUAGACGAGAGGAAGCGGUCUGGCGAGUGCCAAUCGGCGAUCUUUACACCUGGAAUGGCAGGACUACGCGACCAACAUCUGAUGUUAGAAGGGCAUACAAGUCACUCGUCGCAGAGUGUGAGCUUUUUGAGCAACGCAAGCUUGCGGGGUCGGUGAGCGAGCUGCAAGGACAAACUGAGACAAUUCUUGAUACUGAUGGUAGCCACUACCAAUGUAGCACGGGAACAAUGAGCGGCAAACGACCGUUUCUGACGAAGAAAGGCCAUCUUGGCAUGGGGCCGCCAAUGAUGAUGUCUGGGGAUGUGGUUGUCGUAUUAAUGGGGUCACGGAUUCCAUUCGUCCUACGGCCGGGCGAGCAUGGGAAUUUCGCGUUUACUGGAGAUGCAUACUGCGACGGCGUCAUGGAUGGUGAACUCAUCAACCAGGUUCGCCCCGAGAAGUUUAUGAUAUUAUAGAACGCAGGCAACUACUUGUCGGUCUAAUGUUUUUAAGGAAUGUCAAUAUAUGGUUAUGGUAGUGGAUAUUCGUAGGCAGUACUAUGUUGAAGUAAAAAGGGUUGAUUG